AACUUAUGGUAUGUUGUUAUUUAUUUCAUCACAAAUUUUCGCAGCGUUCCGUCGUGUUCAAGGCAACAUUUGAGGUACUGCAGGUAUGCAGGUAAUCGCGAGUGACCAUCAGGAAUCAUUGGCCGGGAAAACUCACCGUGACGCACGUGACGAAGAGGUCGAGCUUCAUUCUGUCUUAACGAUUCUGUCGUCCCGGAAGCGCGAACGCGACGCGACGAGGCGCGCGCCGGUCACGUCGAUUCAGAAACCUCGUGUGUGUCCGUUAUACUGCAAUGUCGUCGAGGAUCGGCAUAGCACACCUUGGUACACGAAAGCGUUGCGUUCUCCUUCGCAAAGUGUCAAGUUUCCUUCGUCCUUCUUCAAAGAUAAAUCAUCAGAUCAAUCAUAAAUGAUCAGAGACUGGAACCGGC